AUGUCUGCUGAUACCGUUGGAAAGACUAUUACCUGCAAGGCUGCAGUUGCUUGGGAAGCCGGCAAGGACCUCUCCAUCGAGGAGAUUGAGGUUCUUCCUCCCAGGGCACACGAAGUCCGCAUUCAGAUCUACUACACUGGUGUCUGCCAUACAGAUGCCUACACACUCUCCGGCAAGGACCCCGAGGGUGCCUUCCCCAUCGUCCUCGGUCACGAAGGUGCCGGAUACGUCGAGUCCGUCGGUGAGGGCGUCACCAACGUAAAGCCCGGCGACCACUUCUGCAAGUCCGGCAAGACCAACCUCUGCGGCAAGAUCCGCGCCACACAAGGAAAGGGUGUCAUGCCCGACGGAACCUCGCGCUUCCGCUGCAAGGGCAAAGACCUCCUCCACUUCAUGGGCACAUCCACCUUCUCGCAAUACACCGUUGUAGCCGACAUUUCCGUCGUCGCCAUUGAGGAAGACGCACCCAUGGACCGCACCUGCCUGCUCGGCUGCGGAAUCACAACCGGAUACGGUGCCGCCGUCAUCACCGCCGGCAAGAACGGUGUAGAAGAGGGAUCCAACGUCGCCGUCUUCGGCGCCGGCUGCGUCGGUCUAUCCGUCAUCCAAGGAGCGGCCAAGAACAAGUCUGGCAAGAUCAUCGUGGUCGAUGUCAACGACGCAAAGGAGGAGUGGGCCAAGAAGUUCGGCGCCACACACUUUGUCAACCCAACCAAGCUCGGCAACCAGUCAAUCCAGGAGAAGCUCAUCGAGAUGACCGACGGUGGCUGCGACUACACAUUCGACUGCACGGGCAACGUCAACGUUAUGCGCGCCGCCCUCGAAGCCUGCCACAAGGGCUGGGGUGAGUCCAUCAUCAUCGGUGUCGCAGCCGCCGGCCAAGAAAUCUCCACCCGUCCCUUCCAGCUCGUCACUGGCCGUGUAUGGAAGGGCUGCGCAUUCGGUGGUGUCAAGGGCCGCAGCCAACUUCCCGGCCUCGUCGCGGAUUACAAGCGUGGAGACCUCAAGGUCGAUGAAUUCAUCACCCAUCGCCAACCGCUCGACAAGAUCAACCAGGCUUUCGGCGACAUGAAGGCUGGUGACUGCAUUCGUUGCGUUGUUAACAUGCGCGAGUAA